AGAAAGAGAGCAGAUUUCUCCUGUUUUGGCUUCCUGUUAAAUCCAGAACCAGUUCGUAGGCUCUUUAAAAGUAGAACGGCAUAAAUAAAUGUUUAUGUUUGUAUUUCUUUAUCAUUUUUUUAAGCUCAGCACUUCACAGAUACAGUGAUUUCUAGCAAUUCAUAGAUUACAACUAAGGAAGUGGCUGCAGGACAACACAGAGUGACUUCAACCUGAAAAAUAAAAACAACGACUCUGAAUCAGCUCUGCUUAUAUUCAGUUAGUUAACAGUUAGAUAGCCUGUGGUUUUGUGCCGGCGGCGAUCACAGACGACCUAACAGUUCCUACUGCCUCUGGUCUGCUCACGGUCACCCCUCUGUUUGUUUCAGGCACUGGAUGGUGACAUAGUGAUGCUCUCAGCACACUGGGAGAGAAAAAUGACGUCACUAACACAACUGCAUGAACAACUGCAAAGCUUGCCAGCCUUUAUCAGCGAUCUUGAUGCCAUCACUGCUAACAUAGCUCAUUUGGAAGGCGACUUUGAGGAAAUGGAGAGCAGACUGGGUUACCUGGAGGCACUGUGUUUGCAGUGUGAGCAGCAGACAGCCAAACAGCAACAUAUCAACCAAUCAGAAAACUACAAGAAAAAAAAAAGGAGGGAGUUGGAAUUACUCGAAGAGGAGUUGGGUUCUGAGCAUGCUCAGAAAGUAGCAGAGCUGGAGCUGGUCAUGCAGCAAAAACUGAGAGAGCGACAGAAAGUCUACGAAGAAGCCUUUAACCAAGAUGUGGAAAAAUACCUGUCCACUGGAUACCUGCAGAACAGAGAGCCAGCAGGUGCUGAUGUUUGCUCUCUGGAUCAGGUGACACUAACUAACACAGACCAAGAGGCUUUGGAUGACUUCCUCAACUCCAGUGGAGAUGAAGUCACUACUGAAUCAUCAUUGACAUCAGGUAAUCUCAACUCAAGACAUGUUGUCAUAGAGUACAAAGCAGAAUUAUUUAUCCUGACAAAACACAAUCAGCUUGGUAAACUCAUACAAACAUGUCAAAACAUCAGCAUGUUUAAUGUUCCAAUACAAUAUUUCACACUUGUGGUCAGACGUGUACAUGUAGUGAUCGUGGACAUGGCUGUCAUGGUCAUUUUGGACUUUUCAUGAUUUCUUUGAACUGUUCUUUUCCAAUGGUCCAUACAGGGGAAGUCAGUAAGUGCAUAAGAACAAGCCAGGAAAUUGAUCCCAAACAUCCAUCUAAAUGGUUUUAUAAUGAGUAAAAGAAGGUGAAUAUAAAGCAUCUGGAAUGACCUGAAUCAUUUAGAAAAUGCAUAAAAGCUGUGUCUGUGAUAGUAAACCAGCCAAUUUAAAUGAAUGUUACCAACUCUGUCGAGAAGCGUGGUCAAAUAUCCUGCUUACAUCAUGCCAGAAGCUUGUUAAUAGCAACAUUGAGUAAAACUUGCUAAAGGACAUUUAACCAAAUAUUGAAGGUGUAUUAGUGCAGCUGUAUGGAUAUGUACUAAUGUCAGUACUAAUAUCCAUCAUUCUUUCAAGUAAGAUGUAUGCUGUACAAUCAUUCCACCCUAAAACAGAAAACAAUCUAAGAGCUCUUUUUGAGGUUGACCCCUGCCCAGUG